UUGCUUUUACAAUCCCUGUCGCAGAAUACCUCUAGAAGUAUGUUUUGCUCUCAUUGUGGUCGCAAGCUAGGCGAUGAUGGAUCUACGUUUUGUGUUUUCUGCGGAAAAGAACUCUCCAAAGCAGUUGAAAACAAACCAUUUGGUAGACCUGCUUCACAUGUAUCUACAAUAAAAUCAUUCGUUGGUUUUAAGAAGGGAAAAGAUGGCAAGCCGACAAAGAAACAGUUAAAAGACAAGAAUAAACCUGAGGAGGCUAAUGAUGUAAUCAUUAACAUUGGGUUGAAAGUAUUUAGUGAGGAAGAGCUCAAGGAUAAAAGAGGAAAGAAGUUGGCAAUAAAAGUGAACAAGCAUGCAUCCUAUAAGGAAUUGCUCGAACAAGCGAAAUCGAAAUGGGCCGACUUUCAGAGAAACCUGUAUUCCGAAGGUAAUAAUAAAUAAUAAUAAUAAUGUUUUUGGAGCAUUGCACGAUG